GAUCAAUUCCACUUUACACGAGAAUAUAAAGUAAGAGGAUUGCUGGACAAGCUUAGCUUAAUUCAAGUAAACAACAAAUAAGAUGGGUAAAGCUACGAUUAAAUCAGGUAGCAUCAAUUUGUUAAAUACCAUUAUUGGUGCUGGUAUUCUUGCCAUGCCAUAUGGGUUAAAAUGUAAUGGGUUAUUAUUUGGAUCUUUUCUUAUAUUAUGGUCAUCCUUAACAUCAGCAUUUGGACUUUAUUUACAGAAUAAGGUAUCGAAAUUUACUCAACAGCAAGGAGCAGUAUCAUACUUUAGUUUAUCACAAUUAACCUAUCCACAGUUAUCUAUUGUAUUUGAUAGUGCUAUUGCGAUCAAAUGUUUUGGGGUUGGAGUUAGUUAUUUGGUUGUUAUUGGAGAUUUAAUGCCAAAAAUUAUGGAAUCCUUAAAUGUUAAUGAAGGAAUUUUAAUGAAUCGUAAUUUUUGGAUUACAUUAUUUAUGUUUACAAUAGUGACACCAUUGUCAUAUUUGAAAAAAUUAGAUAGUUUAAAGUAUACUUCAAUAGUGGCACUUUUUUCAGUGAUAUAUUUAAUCUGUCUUGUUAUAACCCAUUAUGCUAUGCAUGAUACUAUACCAGAUGAUACAACUAUUGACACAUCAGUUGAUUUUUUUGGACCAAAAUCAUUUAAAUCAACCUUUUCAUCAUUCCCAAUAUUUGUAUUUGCAUAUACAUGUCAUCAAAAUAUGUUUGCCAUUAUAAAUGAAUUAGAGCCAAGUGAAAGAAGUGGAUCUCAAACUAGACAAUCCAAUCAUAUAAUACGAAACGCUAUAUCUACUGCGUGUGUUUCUUAUUUAAUUGUUGGAAUUAUUGGAUAUUUAAAUUUUGGGAAUUCUGUUAAUGGGAAUAUUAUAACCAUGUAUCCAAAAGAUUCGAAGCUGUCAUUAAUUGGAAGACUUUGUAUUGUUCUUAUGGUUAGUUUAUCAUAUCCUUUACAGUGUCAUCCGUGCAGAGGGUCAAUCAAUCAUGUAAUUUAUUUCAUCAAGAAUGGAGUUAAAAGUGGAUGGAAAUUAAGAAAUACCAAUGUUACUAAUGAAGGAUAUACUCCAAUCAAUAAUGAGGGAAAUGAGAUUGAAAGUUUAAACGAUCACUCAUUUAUUUCAACCACUCCAAUGGAAGGAGCUCAGGAUACUGAUGGACAUGAUCCAAUUAUCGUACCAUUAUCAAGUCGAGGAUUUUAUGCAAUCACCAGUAUCAUUGUGAUAUUUAGUUAUUUAUUGGCAAUAUCAGUUAGUUCAUUAGCUAAAGUGUUGGCAUUUGUUGGAUCUACUGGAUCAACAUCGAUAUCGUUUAUAUUACCAGGAUUAUUCGGAUACUUAUUAAUAAAACCACAAGAAAAUAACAAGAUUGAUAUAUUAUCAAAAUAUGGAGGAUUGAUAUUAAGUAUUUGGGGAUUUCUAGUAAUGAUUGUUUGUUUAGGAGCUACAAUUUUUUUGGGAGCUACUCAUUAA